AAAAAAAAGAAUUUUUUUUUUUCAUUUCCUCACUUCAACCAUGAAGCGCAAGAAACAAGAAUACCGACUGUGUUGCUGUCAAUGGCUGUUAUGGUAUGACUACGUCAACGCUGCGAGGAACGUGCUGGAACGGCUCAAGAGCGGGUUGAAUGGGAAGCUCAGAGUGAAACGGCUGAAAGCGCGACGAGGUUUGCAAGCAAGGCAGAAAAAAAGGUAGCUAGAAAUACUCGGGGUUACGUAGCUAGCUACAUCCACAUAUUCAGGCAUAGAGAGCGUAGUAGGACAUUCUCACUGCCAUCAGUAUAAAAAUAUAUCGAGCAAAAUGGAGAAGAAGUUCGCACAAAGGAUGCUGCCUAAGUGGCUUGGAUCCGGCGUGUUUCGUGAGAAGACACUCUACUUCUGUUGUACUACAGUCGCCGACGUGGGGAAACGAAUUAAACAGCUAGAGAUGCGCCGGCCCGAGAGUGCGAUGUUCCGCCCUUCUGCGGUCUGUCCUUUGUCUCAAGAUAACGCGGACGACGAGAAGCUGCAGCAGUCAUUCGCAGACGGCUAUAACCGAAGCUUUGAUAAGACAUCUAAGAUGUUCAACUCAAGACGUCCAUGCACUCGUCGCAGUCCAUCUUCGCGGCGGUCGUCUUGA